CCUCCUGCCACCCUCGGGGCCGCUCGCUGCCGAGGCCAGGUGAGGGGCUGUGGGCCAUGGCAGGUCCAGCAGAGUGUCCCGCUGAGCCCAGCGAUGGCUGAUCCGGGGCUCUGGCAGGGCACUGCGACUGUCCUACCUGCGCGCCGGGGGACACGACCCGGCCAUCCUGGACCAGCUGCUCCACCUCCAGCUGGAGGCCACGGUGCUGGAGAAAGGAACCGCAGGGCUGUGCAGGGGCAGGAGGAUGGAGCCCCCUGGCACUGCCACACAGGGUCUGGAUGCAGCACUGUUGGCUGUGGAGCUGGAAAACUGGCGUCUGGAAGAUGAAGUGUUGGCGCUGAAGGUCAGGAGAGAGAAGAGAGCUGACGCUGGCUCGAGGGCGGCCCAGCGGCACUCGGAGGAGCUGGCCCAGCUCCAGGCAGAGGUGGGGAUGCUGCGAUGCCACGCGGAGCAGGCGGGGCCACGGCUGCCCCCACCCAUCCUCCCACCCGCUGUGGCCCCCUCACUGCCACCAGCCCUGGCUGUGCCAGAACUUUUUAUGGAGCCCCCUGGGCCAGCACUGGGGCCAGGCAGCCCCACAGGCCAUGUGCCCCACAGCCUCCCCCUCAGCCCCUUUGUGGCCCUGGAGGACCCUCCUCCUGCUCAGGAGCCCCAAGAACAACACAGACCUCCACGAAGGUGA